AUGGCGGUUUCCGAAGAAGAAUGCUCUUCCGUCAAGUCUUCUCCUUCUUCUUCUUCUUCCUAUUCUCCUUCAUCCCCUCCUCCGCGCUAUUAUCUCUCCAAGUGCGUACUCAGAGGAAGCGCGAUUCUCCAAGUCCUCUACGCUAAUCUUCGUUCUCCUUCCUCCAACGACGUCGUUUUCGGCAAGGAGACAUCUAUAGAAUUGGUGGUGAUUGAUGAGGAUGGGAAUGUACAAACUGUCUGUGAUCAGCCUGUUUUUGGCAUCAUUAAAGAUCUUGCUGUAUUGCCGUGGAAUGAGAAAUUUCGUGCUCGUCGCCCGCCACAGACUCAAGGUAAAGACCUCUUGGUUGCUUUAUCUGAUUCCGGAAAGCUGUCACUGCUCACAUUUUGCAAUGAAAUGAACAGAUUUUUUCCUAUAACACAUGUUCAACUAUCUGAUCCUGGUCACAUGAGGAAUAUUCCAGGAAGAAUGUUGGCAAUUGAUUCCAGUGGUUGCUUUAUUGCUGCCAGUGCUUAUGAAGAUAGGUUGGCUCUGUUUUCAAUGUCGACGUCAAUGAUCGGGAAUGAUAUCAUUGAUGAGAGAAUAAUAUAUCCCUCUGAAAGUGAAAGGACUGCAACUACUUCCAGAGCCAUGCAGAAAACCAGUAUAAGCGGUACUAUUUGGAGUAUGUGCUUUAUUUCACUGGAUAUCCGACAACCAAGCAAUGAGCACAAUCCUGUAUUAGCUAUUAUUCUAAAUAGGAAUGGGGCUGCUCAAAAUGAAUUGCUUUUAUUAGAAUGGAAUGUUAAAGCACACACAGUCUCUGUUAUUUCUCAAGAUCCUCACAAUCCAUUAUGUGUCUACAAGACUUGCUUGAACAUUUUACCCUUUGCAAUGGAAGAGCAGACUUAUAUGGACGACUCUUGUAAAUUGCACGAUCUUGAUGACGAAGGCUUUAGUGUUGCUGCCUGUGCUUUGUUGCAGCUUAGCGAUUUUGAUCCUAUGUGCAUUGACAGUGACAGUGGCAAUACUAAUUCUGGUCCCAAGUACAUAUGCUCUUGGAGUUGGGAACCAGAAAAUCUUAAAGUUCCUAGGAUGAUCUUUUGUGUAGACACUGGAGAGUUUUUUAUGAUUGAAGUUUUUGUGGACUAUGAUGGUCCUAAAUUCAGUCUCUCCGAGUGUCUUUAUAAAGGUCUACCUUGUAAAGAACUUUUGUGGGUUAAGGGUGGUUAUCUAGCAUCAAUGGUAGAAAUGGGGGACAGCGUGGUCCUGAAAUUGAGAGAUGGAAGACUAUCCUUUACAAAUCUUAUUCAAAACAUUUCACCAAUCUUCGAUGUGGCAGCUGGGGAUUAUCAUGAUGAGAAGCACGAGCAAAUGUUUGCUUGCUGUGGUGUAACACCUGAGGGGUCAUUAAGGAUUAUUCAAAGUGGUAUCAAUGUAGAAAAGCUACAUAGAACCCCUUCUACUUAUGAAGGGGUAGCUGGUACUUGGACUGUUCGGAUGAAAAUUACGGAUUCAUAUCAUUCUUUUCUAGUUCUAUCAUUUCUUGGGGAGACCAGAAUAUUGUCAGUUGGCUUAAGUUUUACUGAUGUGACUGAUAAUGUUGGUUUCCAACCUAAUGUCUGUACUUUGGCGUGUGGCCUUGUAAGUGAUGGUUUGCUAGUUCAGAUUUACCAAUCUACUGUUAAGCUUUGUUUGCCUACUAAGGAUGGUCAUUCUGAAGGCAUCCCUUUGUCUUCUCCUAUUUGCACAUCUUGGUCCCCAGACAAUCUGAAUAUUAGUCUGGGAGCAGUUGGGCAUAAUUUCAUAGUUGUGUCAACUUCUAACCCAUGUUUUUUGUUUAUCCUCGGGGUUAGAGUGCUAUCAGGUUAUCAACAUGAAAUUUAUGAAAUGCAACAUUUGGAACUACAGAACGAAUUAUCAUGUAUUUCCAUCCCUAGACCUAUGUAUGGGAAAAAACAAUCGAAUUCAUCCAUUUCAGAAAUUAAUAGCUCAAUUGCCUCUUUUGUAAGCGGAGUGGACAUCAAUAAAACAUUUGUUAUUGGCACCCAUAGGCCUUCUGUUGAAAUUUGGUCUUUUGAUCCGAAUGGUGGAGUCACGGUAGUUGCCUGUGGCACAAUUUCAUUAAAAAGUACAAUGGGGACUGCUAAAAGUUUUUGCAUACCUCAAGAUGUACGACUCGUAUUUGUUGAUAAGUAUUAUGUUCUUGCUGGAUUGAGGAAUGGAAUGCUCCUUCGCUUUGAGUGGCCAACAGAAUCGUCUCAUUCUUCAUCAAUAAACGUGGUGGACACUGCUUUAUCUUCUAUAAAUUUGGUAAAUUCUAUGGCCAUGGAUUUCAACGUGAGAAAUAAUCUUCCUUGCAUGCUUCAAUUGAUUGCCAUUCGCCGCAUUGGCAUCACUCCAGUUUUCUUGGUGCCCCUGGAUGACACACUUGAUGCUGAUAUAAUUGCACUGAGUGAUAGAGCUUGGUUGUUGCAUAGUGCAAGACACAGCAUUUCCUAUACUUCUAUCUCAUUUCAACCAUCUUCACAUGUAACUCCUGUUUGCUCUAUUGACUGUCCAAAAGGAAUAUUAUUUGUUGCUGAAAACAGUUUGCAUCUGGUGGAGAUGGUCCACAGCAAGAGACUUAGUAUGAGGAAGUUUCAUUUAGAGGGCACUCCACGGAAGGUCUUGUAUCACAACGAAAGUCGGAUGUUACUUGUGAUGAGGACUGAACUGAGUAUUGGUACAUGUUUGUCUGACAUAUGUUGUGUGGACCCCCUAAGUGGGUCAGUAGUAUCUUCUUUUCGAAUGAAACUCGGAGAAACAGCAACUUCCAUGGAAUUAAUUAGGUUUGGAAGUGAGCAGGUGCUUGUGGUUGGAACUAGUCUGUAUUCUGGUCCACCUGUAAUCUCCAGUGGUGAAGCUGAGAAUGCUAAGGGUCGUCUUCUUGUUCUCUGCCUUGUUCAUGUGCAAAAUUCAGAUAGUGGUUCAAUGACCUUCUGUUCGAAGGCAGGGUCUUCAUCUCAAAAAACGUCACCUUUCAAUGAAAUUGUUGGGCAUGUUCCUGAACAGCUAUCAAGCAGUAGCCUUGCCAGCAGCCCUGAUGAUAGUAGUUCUGAUGGCAUCAAACUUGAUGAAAAUGAAAUGUGGCAGUUCCGAUUAGCUUGUUCAACUACAUGGCAUGGAGUAGUACAAGCCAUCUGUCCUUAUCUUGAUCGCUAUUUUUUGGCAUCUGCUGGCAAUACUUUCUAUGUCUGUGGUUUCCCAAAUGACACUCCGCAAAGAGUGAAGAGGUAUGCUGCAGGAAAGACGCGUUUCAUGAUAAAAUCUUUGACUGCAUAUUUUAGAAGAAUUGCAGUUGGUGAUUCUCGUGAUGGUAUCCUUUUCUAUUCUUACCACGAGGAAGCAAAAAAAUUGGAGCAACUUUACGGUGACCCAUCGUUUAGGUUGGUUGCUAAUUGCCUUCUCAUGGAUGAGAAUACGGCGAUUGUUUCAGAUCGUAAAGGAAGCAUAGCUGUUUUAUGUUCAGAUCAUUUGGAAGCACCAAAUAAUGUAAGAUCGGAAUGCAAUUUGAAAAUAAGCUGUGCUUAUUUCAUGGCGGAGAUAGCUGUGAGCAUCCAAAAGAGCUCAUAUUCAUACAGACUUCCAGCUGAUGAUGUGUUGUCAGGUGGCAUUGGUUUUGGCCCCAAGACAAAUGUUGACCCACUACAAAAUACUAUUCUUGCUUGUACUCUGUUAGGAAGCAUAAUGAUCUUCAUCCCUAUAUCAAGAGAGGAAUAUGAGCUCUUAGAAGCUGUGCAGGCAAGGCUUGUUGUCCAUCAUUUGACUGCACCUGUUCUUGGAAAUGAUCAUGAUGAGUUUCGGAGCCGGGAAAAUCCUGAUGGAGUACCCAAGAUACUUGAUGGAGACAUGUUGACUCAGUUUCUGGAGCUUACAAAUAUGCAGCAAAAUAGCAUUCUAUCUUUGGAACCACCUGAUGAUAUGCUAAAACCAAGUUCGAAGCCACUCCUUUCCCAAUUUUCUGUCAACCAAGUCAUUCAACUUCUUGAACGAGUUCAUUAUGCACUGAACUAA